GGCAUCACUAGUGCAGAUCAGAGUUGUGUGCGGUCUGUUCGUUGUGUUUGCUGCUGGCUCCCCUCUGUCCUCCAUUAGAGCUCGGCUCCAUCCCCGCUGUACGGCGCAGGCCCGAAGUAGCGCAGCCGCUCUGAGUCAUUGUACUGUUAAUCUAGCUGUGUAGACCAGGUGGCCGGUAAUGGAGGAGCACACAGUUCACCAGACAGAACACAUGACCACCAUCGAGGCCAGCGCCGUCAGCCAACAGGUCCAGCAGGUACAUGUGGCCACCUUUACUGAAACAUCCAUGAUGAGUGCUGAGGAAGACUCAACGUCCUCGCCGGAUGAUGAUCCUUAUGACGACACAGACAUCCUCAACUCGGCUGGCACGGAUGAGGUCACCGCCCACCUGGCUGCUGCAGGGCCAGUAGGCAUGGCAGCUGCUGCUGCCGUGGCAACAGGUAAGAAAAGAAAGAGGCCUCACAUCUUUGAAUCCAACCCCUCCAUCCGCAAGAGGCAGCAGACCCGUCUGCUCAGGAAACUAAGAGCCACACUGGAUGAGUACACCACCAGAGUGGGCCAGCAGGCCAUAGUGCUGUGUAUUUCUCCCUCCAAACCCAACCCAGUGUUCAAGGUGUUUGGUGCUGCUCCUCUGGAGAAUGUGGUGAGAAAGUAUAAGAGCAUGAUGUUGGAGGAUCUGGAGAACGCCCUGGCUGAACAUGCCCCUGCAGGAGGAGAGCUGGCCUCAGAGCUGCCCCCCCUCACCAUUGAUGGCAUCCCUGUCUCUGUGGACAAGAUGACCCAGGCCCAGCUGCGAGCGUUCAUCCCUGAGAUGCUGAAGUAUUCAACAGGCCGAGGGAAGCCUGGCUGGGGUAAGGAGAGCUGCAAGCCAGUGUGGUGGCCUGAGGAUAUCCCUUGGGCCAAUGUCCGCAGUGACGUCCGCACAGAGGAGCAGAAACAGAGGGUGUCUUGGACGCAGGCGCUGCGGACCAUCGUGAAGAACUGCUACAAGCAGCAUGGCCGUGAGGAUCUGUUGUAUGCUUUUGAAGACCAGCAGGUAACCACGGCAACAACCACCCAGCACCACCUGGCCACAGCACAGAGCAUCGCUCACCUUGUGCCCUCACAAACUGUGGUACAGACCAUCAACAACCCUGAUGGAACAGUCUCGCUCAUUCAGGUUGGCACAGGACAUACAGUUGCCACUUUGGCAGAUGCCUCAGAGCUGCCUGGUGUGACGGUGGCACAGGUUAACUACUCCACUGUGACUGAUGGAGAGGUGGAGCAGAACUGGGCCACCCUCCAGAGCGGGGAGAUGACAAUCCAAACCACUCAAGCGUCAGAGGCCACGCAGGCAGUAGCCUCCCUGGCUGAAGCUGCGGUCGCUGCCAGUCAGGAGAUGCAACCCGGAGCCACUGUCACAAUGGCUCUCAACAGUGAGGCAGCAGCCCAUGCCGUAGCGACGUUGGCAGAGGCCACUCUACAAGGCGGAGGGCAGAUUGUCCUGGCGGAGACGGCAGCUGCUGUUGGGGCACUAGCCGGGGUUCAGGAUGCCACAGGUCUCGUCCAGAUCCCUGUCAGCAUGUACCAGACUGUAGUGACCAGCCUCGCACAGGGCAACCGGCCCGUCCAGGUUGCCAUGGCACCUGUCGCCACGCGCAUAGACAACACUGUCACUCUGGACGGCCAGGCGGUGGAGGUUGUGACCCUGGAGCAGUGACAAUUAAGACCCUGGAAGGAGUAGAAGGCACUGAAUGGCCACCUUGGAGAUUUUUUUGUCCUACUGUUUUCCAAGACAUCACGCUGUGUACAAUGUCAAAUAUAUUUUUAAAUGUACAUCCGCAGGGGAGGUAAAAGUGGGUUAUCAAUGCAUUGUGUUUACUAUGUAAAAAUAUUGCUUUUGUUGGUGUAAUAAUUUUUUCCCAUUUAGCUUAAUGUUUUUUUGUUUUUUUGUUGUUUUUUUUUUUUAGCUCGGUGAUGUUGAGUAUAGUAUUUAUUUCUUUACAAUUAACCUUAAAACAAAGAUGAACCAAAAAGCCCGGGAAGGAAAAGCCACCACUGCUUCACCCAGAGUGUGUGAACUAUCAUUGUUUUGGAUUUUCUGUAUCGUCUAUGUGCUUGACUCUUCUGUUUUUAGGAUACAUUUAAAAUCCAGUGCCACAGUCAGAAACCACUCCUCUCUGUUUCCCAUAUCCUCGAUCACUAUUCUAAAUUUCUCUCGAUCCACCUCAGCUCGCCUGAAACUCUGAGCUGCAGACACUCCCAGACGUUUCUCUCACAUUAGAUGAUGAAUUAUUAUGUUGAAAUACUGUCUUGUCGUGUGCUUUUUCCCUGUGACGUUUUACUGUUGCCCAUGCACAUGCCAAGAUUUGUGAAGACUCAGGAUAUACAUCAAGGUGUUUUUUACUGCUGGAUUGCUGAGCUGACUUCUUGAAGCAGCCAUUUUGUCUACCAAAUCCAUUUAUUUACAGUGCAUGGAUAGGAGCACCCCUUGGUAUAUUAUUUUUUAACAUGAACUCCUUUGUAUGUCACUUAGGACUUGGUGGUCUGCAUCACUUUGUAUAUAACAGGAAGUUGGUCAUACUUGGACAGGAGCUGCAUUAUUUGUGAUGCAAAUAAAGAUAAAAAAAGCAUUUCUUUAAAUCUUAUAACAAAAACCAUUGCUUGCCAAGAAUCGACUGAGUUUGAUGCAGCUGCAGUUGGUUCAACUGUCACCAAACGUGUAUUUAAAGAAAUAAAGUCCAAUAGACUGGCUGCUCUUCACCAUUCAUAA